GAUGCUGCUGGUACAGUGAAGUUGUGGGAGAUCACUAGAGGUGCUGUGAUUCACAACUAUGGAGAGGUUUCAUUUGAGAAGAAGAAAGAAGAACUUUUUGAGAUGGUGAGCAUCCCUGCAUGGUUCACCGUGGACACUAGGCUUGGAAGCCUGGCUGUACAUCUGGAUACUCCACAAUGCUUUUCUGCUGAGAUGUACUCUGUUGACCUCAACAUUCCGGGGAAGCCUGAAGAUGACAAGGUUAAUUUAGCUCGAGAAACUCUUAAAGGGCUGUUGGCUCAUUGGUUAACCAAACGAAAGCAGAGAUUUGGAUCUCAAGCUUCAGCCAAUGGGGAAGCCCCACCUGGAAAGGAUGUAUCUACAAGGAAUUCGACUGCAUCAAGAGUUGAAGUAGACGGUAAUGCUGACAAUGAUUCUGCAGUAUAUCCCCCCUUCGAAUUUUCUGCAGCAUCCCCUCCAUCAAUUAUUACAGAGGGCUCUCAAAGUGGUCCAUGGAGGAAAAAGAUUACUGAUUUAGAUGGAAUGGAGGAUGAGAAGGACAUGCCAUGGUGGGUAAUGGAUUGCGUGAUGAACAAUCGCUUGCCUCCCAGGGAAAAUACCAAAUGUAGCUUCUACUUGCAUCCAUGUGAGGGCUCUACUGUCCAGAUCCUUACCCAAGGAAAGCUGAGUGCACCUCGCAUAUUAAGAAUUCACAAAGUCAUCAACUAUGUCGUUGAAAAGAUGGUUCUUGACAAACCCAUGGAUAAUAUAAAUUCAGAUGGAACUGGAGGACAGGUUACACACCCAGCUCUUGGAGGAGAUGGCUUAUUUCGGACUGGGUUGAAGCCUUGGCAAAAGCUUAAGCCAUCUAUAGAAAUCUUGUGCAAUAACCAGGUUUUAUCUCCUGAUAUGAGCUUAGCAACUGUCCGUGCCUAUAUAUGGAAGAAACCUGAAGAUCUUGUCCUCAACUACCGUGUGUUGACGAGCAGGUGAUAGGAUUAUCUUUAUCAGAGGAAGGCAUGCUUGAGCAAUUCAUAUACAAAGGUUUAGCAUCAACUGGCUGCCGGCUGCUGUCAUGAUUUAUUGCUUCCUUGUAGAUCUGGGAUUCAAGUGGUUGGAAUAAUUAGGAAAAUUCACACGAGGACCACUUUGCUGUUUGCACGUCGUUAAGGUGGUAAUUAUUAUUGAAUUUUGGUGUUUGGUGCUUUUAGAAAAAAUAGAAAGCUUGCAUUUGCUGAAGGAAGGAAUUUUGGUUUUGAGGGUACAUGAGACUGAAUUUCUCAAGAGAAAGAGCUCAUGACAAUGUCGGGAGCCUGUAGAUUUAUAUAUAUGAGGCUAUUGCAAAUGCAAGGGUUUGGAUGUUUGGAUUGUCUUCCAACAACCACACCGUAGGGAAGGCGAAUAAUAUCUCCAGAAGUAAAAUUUACCUCUUCUGACCAAACUAAUUUAUGUAUUUACUUUCUUUCCUGUUUCAUUUACGUUGUAAAUCUUCUUUGUUAUUGGUAUUCUCAGUUUUAGUGGGGAAGAUUUGGUGAUAGGCAUUUACAUAGCAGAGCAAAUUGGUUUUACAUUGACCUAGCCAGUUCUAACUGAUGUUGCUAUGGUGUUGCUCUGAAUUUCGGACAUGGUGAAGUUUUGUGCUUCUGUAUUUAGAACUAUAUCUAUUAAUCAUUCAAAUUUUGAAUGAAAUAUUCUGGAAAUAAUGAUGGAAAAUAGAAGUGCAGUCCUAAAAAAA